AUGACAGUUGAUACUCAUGCCCAAAAGCUUCAUAAUCAAGCCUCAACUUCUUUCACCUUCCAAACUCCCAUUCCUGACCCAACAAUUACCUUCAAUCCAAUAUUUCUUAGCAGUGAAUUUCAUGUCUCUUAUCACCAGGCUGUCUCGAAUGCAGAAUUUCAUCCUUCAACACCGAUCCCUUCAGUUUACCCUGCAACCAAUUUUCCAACUGGGGGAGUAGCUCAUGUAAUAGGAGGAAAAAGCAGAGAAAAAGAAAAUGAGAAGUUAUCUGCUCUGGAGGAAAGGCUAAGAGCUAUUGACGAGUUAAAUAUAUAUGGCUCAGUCGAUGUGUCUUCACUGAGAUUAGUGCCAGAUGUUGUGGUACCACUAAAAUUUAAGGUCCCAGAAUUUGACAAAUACAGCAGAAGCUCCAAUCCACGCAUCCAUUUAGCCACUUACAUAUCUAAGAUGUCUGCUCUUAUAGAAGAUGAUAGACUCUUGGUACACUUCUUCUAUGAAAGCCUCACAGGAGCAGCCUUAUGUUGGUGCAUGCAAUUGGAUAGGAGUAUAUUACGCUCCUGGAAAGAUUUGGCUGACACUUUCCUCAAACAGUAUAAGUUCAAUUAUGAUGUUGUCCUCACACGGAGAGACCUCCAAAACCUGAUGGGAGAAAGGAUUGAAGCAAAUCUCCGAUUGGGGAGAUUACAAGAAGUAGUAGGUGAGAGUCCUAUGAAAAAGUAUACCAAUUUUGGGAAAAAGAAGAAAGGGGAUGUGCACUCCAUUUCAAAAACUCACCUACCGCCACUAAAUAAUUUUUGCCCAUACACCUCAGCCCAAAGUCCAUACCCUCUAGCCCAAAACCCAAUGGUAGCAAAUGUUCCUCCUCCAUUCUCGAAUUAUCCUCGCCCACAAUAUCCUCCUAAAGCUGCCUAUAAUCCUAGACCAUCUGACCAAAAUACUCCUUUCAGACCACCUGCUUCUCAACCUAGUUCGAGACCAUCAAGGAAUUCUGAUCCGCCGAAUUCUGAUCCGCCAUUACCACUCCCACUUAGUGAAAUUUAUUGUUAUCUGUUGGGUAUCAAUCAGAUAGUGCCCAUCCCACUAGACCCCAUCCAGCUGCCAUAUCCAAGAAAUGGGUGGUUAAAGAUUGAAGGGAGUGGCUCCACUCCUAAUGUCACUUCAAAGCCAUUACCCCAUUACGAUACCAAAAAAGGGAAUGGUGUGAGUGUGAUAGAGUCCCUGGAUGAAAACUUGAUUACGGAAGUGGAUCAGUUAACCCUGUUCUUCAAUGAGAUUCUUGCAAUGGCAGUACUGGAAGGGUACAUACAUCUAUAUAGGCUUAACUCUGGAAAUGAUCUAUCGGGCUUAGGAUGCCCUUAUAAUGGAGCAACCAAUCACGAAUUGCAGAAUUGUGAUGAAUUCAAGGAGGAAAUCUGGAAGAUGAUAUCACUGAAAAUCUUGAGGUGUCAAUUAAAGUCAAAAGAAGAAAAGGAAGUGAACAUCGCCAUUUAUGGUAAAGACAUCUCAAGAUCUGCUCCAAAAAUGGUUUUUUCUGUUCCCACCACAUCAACAUUUCCAGCACCACCUCUGACAAUCAUACGUACCCCACCACAGCUACCAGUUACCAAUACCCAUGCUGUGCCUUGGAAUUAUAAUUUCCAAGUUUAUACACAGAGUGCAUCCAGCAGUACUUCCAUCCCUACCCUCAACCAUACCUACACUCAACCCAUUACCACCCCUAAACCAUGUUUCACCCCUCAUGCUUACUUCAAAAUGACCUAUACAGGCCCCUCCAAUGACUCUGCUCCCCAAUUCACAUCAGAACUUGCCUUAAUAAAUGACUCUCCAAAUCUAGAAGUAGAAUUUAUUACUAGAAGUGGGAGGUGUUACGGCACUGAGGAAAAGAAAAGUAAAGGGAAAGCAGAAGUAGAAGAGUCACCUGAGACUGAGGAAAAGGUGGGAAAAGUAGUAGAGAGGGGAGAACCCAAUGAAAGGAAGGAAUAA